AUGGAGGAAGAGGAAAAUGAGGUCAGCAUAUUUCAGCUUUUCACCAGGGAGUCUAUGUUCGCAAUUGAACAAAGAAUUGCCGAGGAAAAGGCACAUCGGAAAGCUGAACGGGAGGCGGCCGAGGAAGGUGAGGAAGAAGAGCCUCAACGAGAGGAGGACGAACUAAAACCGGACGAACAACUGGAAAUCGGAAAGAAGCUCCCAACCUACAUGCAAAAUAACUUCCCUCGUGAACUAAUGGGCAAGCCCAUAGAAGACUUUGAUGAUUACUAUGCCAACAAAUUGAGCUUUGCCGUGGUGGCCAGAGAUUGGACAAUCUUCCGAUUCAGUGCCACCAAGGCACUCUACAUCCUAACGCCAUUCAACCCUGUCCGGAGAAUUUCUAUAUGCAUCUUAACACAUCCUGUUUUCAACCUCUGUGUUAUCCUCACCAUCAUCGUCAACUGUGUAUUCAUGGCAAUGUCCGGCAGUUUCCCCACCAUGGAGAAAAUAUUUACUGUCAUCUACACCGUCGAGGCGUGCGUCAAGAUUCUGUCCCGUGGGUACAUAUUAGCAGAUUUCACGUAUCUCAGAGACCCUUGGAAUUGGCUAGAUUUUUCAGUAAUAUCUUUGGCAUACAUCACAAUGUUCGUCAAAUUAGGAAACCUCUCAGCACUUAGAACCUUCCGGGUAUUACGAGCACUUAAAACCGUAGCUGUAAUACCAGGGUUAAAAACUAUAGUGGGUGCCUUACUUGAAGCCGUUCGACGGCUGCGUGACGUCAUGAUUCUGACCGUGUUCAUGCUCUCCAUCUUUGCCUUGAUUGGAAUGCAGUUGUACAUGGGUGCACUGCGCAGCAAGUGUGUUAUAAAUACGGAUAAUGAUAACAUGACCGAUGAAGAAUUCUUCAAUCACGUUUGGGACAGAGACAACUGGUACCCGCAUGAUAAGUUUACCGAACCGUAUCUAUGUGGAAACGCGACGGGAGCAGGAGAUUGUCCAGAGAACCACACCUGUAUUCCUUCUUUACAUUCCAAUCCCAACUUCAACUACACAAGUUUUGAUCAUUUUGGAGUGGCCCUUCUCUGUGCCUUCCGUUUGAUGACACAAGACUAUUGGGAAAACCUGUACAUGCUGGUAUUGCGUGCAAAUGGUCCUUGGCAUUGUCUUUACUUCAUGAUCGUAAUAUUGUUAGGAUCCUUCUAUCUGGUCAAUCUUAUCCUUGCUAUCGUCGCUAUGUCGUACGACGAACAACAAAAGCAGGAUAAAGCAGACGAGGAGAACGAGGCUUUAGACCAAGCCGCAUCACCGGAAGCACAUAUAGGUACAAUAACUGUGGUUGUACCUCCAGGAAUGACGAGAAGUCCAACUGGGUCCAAUCUCACUUUACCACCAUAUAACGGAAAAGACAAAGAUACCGCAAGCAUUCAGUCAGAAAAACAAUCGGAGGAACAUACACAUCACCCUAUAGUGAAACCGAGCUUCAGUCUGCCUGGUUCCCCGUUUAAUAGUCGGGGCAAGAAGAAACCUAAGCAUGGUUCGCAAAACGCUGACCGCCAGCCCCUUGUGCCGCCUUAUUUGGAAAUAUUCUUACCAUUUGCUGAUGAAUCUAACGCAGUUACUCCUUCUUCAGACGAGAUGUAUAAUGUAGACACUUUAAAAAAAUACUUAACAAACGUCCACGGAAGGAGCAGUUUGGCAUCUCUUGGCCUCAAAAACGAUGGACGUCCCUCCUCCCGACGAAAUAGCGUCGCUUCUUUGCUAAGUCGUGCCUCACACGGCAGCCGGCGUUCACAACAUUCCAACAAGACGCCAAGCAAAUUUGAUGCUCUUACUCGUACGAUGAGCAAGCACAAAGGCCAUCAUCUUAUGCCUGAGGUAUAUGUAGACAGAUCUAAAUCUGAUGAUGUUCUCUAUGCUAGGUGUGCACUUGAUGAUCAAUCGUGGGUACUAAACGAUGAACAUCGCCAAUGUUACCUUUCUCAACCAGCUGUCCAGGGUUCACAGUCCGAACACGACGGUGACAAGAAACGCCACCUCAACUCCUGCCGGACUCCAAGUGUUCCCGAUAUGGAUGUCAAAGAUGUGACUGUCAUCCGGGAACUUUUGGAAACUGCUUCCGGUCAUCGAGGAAGCUUCAUGAGUAGCGACUUGGGAGAACCUGUCAUUCCACUGAAGGACCGAUUGUACUUAAAAUUCUGUAGCUGGACCUGUUGUCCUUGUUGGUUAAUGUUUCAAAAAGGUGUUGCCUGGUUCAUUCUCGACGCUUUCGUUGACCUGUUUAUCACGAUCUGUAUCCUGGUCAACACUGCAUUUAUGGGAGCUGAUCAUUAUGGAAUGUCCGAGAGUUUAGCAAAUGUUCUGACAAACGGCAAUUACGUUUUCACAGCUAUUUUUGCGACUGAAGCUUUCCUUAAAGUCAUCGCGUUGGGUCCUGUGGUAUAUCUAAAAGACAAAUGGAACUGCUUCGACGGUGUCAUCGUAUUCCUAAGCUUCCUGGAACUUGCCCUGGAUGGAGUGUCUGGACUUUCCGUACUCCGCAGUUUUAGAUUGUUACGUGUGUUCAAGCUUGCGAAAUCCUGGCCUACACUAAACAUGUUGAUAAGCAUUGUGGCGAAAACUGUCGGAACAUUAGGGAACUUGACCUUCGUGCUUGGAAUCGUCGUAUUCAUUUUUGCUGUGAUGGGUCAACAAUUGUUUGCAAGUUCUUACAUAAAUGAAUACGGUCCGAAUGGAACUUUUCACGACGAGGAGUUCCCAAGAUGGAAUUUUACGGAUUUUUUACACUCAUUCAUGAUUGUAUUCCGAGUACUUUGCGGAGAGUGGAUUGAAUCCAUGUGGGGUUGUCGGCGAGUGGCGGGAAUUCAUUGUAUACCCUUUUUCCUGAUGACCAUGGUCUUAGGGAAUUUAGUCGUACUGAACCUGUUUCUUGCUUGCCUGUUGAGCGCGUUCGGAGCGGACAGUUUACAGGAUUCUGGUACGGAAGAAGCUGAACCAAAUAAACUACUAGAGGCCAUCAACCGGUUCAAACGCUUCGGCUCUUGGGUCAAGGUUAACGUUAUUGUAUGUGUGAAGGUGAAAAUGCAGCGUAAAAGUAAACCGCCUAUCUUGCCAGUUGUGUCACCGAGUUUGUCAAGGGUAGAACUCAACGGGAAAGAGCCUAUAUCAGACGGACCAACACCUGUUAUCCGUAACGGUAAACUGGAAAAGAGCCACGAGCCGCCCACUCCUACUGCCACAAAGCCUACAGCUGACAGUGCUACGAUUAGCGUGAAGGACAUGGACAAGCAAUCGGAGUCCUCUACUAGACCUGCAAGUCGUGCAACAUUGAAAAGCCAUAAAGAUAUGGAUGGAAGUUCUUCCGGCUCCUGUUCAACACUCUCCGACGAUGCUAAGGAGCGGCUGAACAUGGUCGAUGCAGAAGGCGAUCCUGAAAUCAAUGAAGUAGAUGUUGUUUUUGCUAAUUACCCGGAUGACUGUUGGUGCCAAGUAUUCCGGAAGCGUUGUACCUGUUGCAUCGUAUUUGAGAAUUCUCCAGCUGGGAAGAAAUGGUGGGAUCUCCGCUGCAAAGCAUAUGCUAUGGUGGAACACAACUACUUUGAAUCAUUUAUAAUCAUCAUGAUCUUGGCCAGUAGUUUCGCGUUGGCGAUUGAAGACAUAUAUUUACCCGAAAGACCUGUGUUGCAAAUGAUAUUAUCCUAUUUGGAUAAAGUAUUCACGACAGUCUUCAUCGUGGAAAUGUUGAUCAAGUGGCUUGCCUUUGGAUACAAGAAAUAUUUCACGGAUGCUUGGUGUUGGUUGGACUUCAUUAUUGUGCUCAUUUCCAUUGUUAUGUUAAUAGCAGAAUCAAUGAAUAUUACUGAUGUAGGAGCAUUCAAAGCGAUGAGGACCCUGAGAGCUCUUCGUCCCCUCAGAGCUAUAUCUAGAUGGGAAGGAAUGAGGGUUGUCGUCAACGCUCUGAUCAAAGCCAUCCCUUCCAUUUUCAAUGUGCUUCUUGUGUGUCUAGUAUUCUGGUUGAUCUUUGGUAUAGUCGGAGUGCAAUUUUUCUCGGGGAAAUUUCAUAAGUGUGUUAACUUGGAAGGCGUUAAGGUGUUACCAUCAGAAAUCCCGAACAAAACUGUUUGUAAUAACACUGAAGGAUACAAAUGGAUUAACGCGAGAGUGAACUUUGACAAUGUGUUAAACGCUUAUCUGGCCCUCUUCCAAGUGGCGACAUACAAGGGGUGGACAUUAAUCAUGGACGAUGCCAUCGACAUAACGAAGUUGGACGAGCAGCCACUACGAGAAAAAAACAUCUUGUAUUACCUGUAUUUUGUCUUCUUCAUUAUUUUUGGGUCCUUCUUCACACUAAACUUGUUCAUAGGUGUUAUUAUCGACAACUUUAAUCAGCAAAAGAAAAAGGCAGGAGGUUCGUUAGAACUCUUCAUGACUGAGGAUCAGAAGAAAUACUACAAAGCAAUGAAGAGGAUGGCUUCGAAAGCACCCCAGAAAUCAAUUCCUAGACCAGAAAUUAAGAUCGCAGCCCUGAUCUUCGACAUUACAUCGAAUCAAAUGUUUGAUAUUGGUAUCAUGCUUAUCAUCAUGCUGAAUAUGGUAACCAUGGCAAUGGAACACUACAAACAGACGAAACUUUUCACUGACGUGUUGUAUUUCAUUAAUCUUUCUUUCAUCAUAAUUUUCACGAUUGAAUGCUUGCUCAAAAUAAUAGGACUGAGACAAUAUUACUUCAAAAUUCCAUGGAAUAUAUUCGACUUCGUUGUGGUAGUUUUGUCUGUAUUAGGUAUUAUGCUUUCUGAUGCAAUGGAGGAUUUUUUGGUGUCGCCAACUUUGUUGCGAGUCGUGAGAGUCUUCCGUGUUGGUCGUGUAUUACGAUUGGUGAAAUCGGCCAAAGGAAUUAGGACAUUACUUUUCUCGUUAGCCGUAUCCCUGCCAGCUCUUUUUAACAUUGGCUUGUUAUUAUUCUUAGUUAUGUUUAUCUAUGCCACUUUUGGAAUGAACUUCUUCAUGCAUGUAAAACACACUGGCGGGUUGGACGAUUGCUUCAACUUUGAGACCUUCGGUAGAAGUAUUAUAUUGCUAUUUCAAAUGUGUACUUCUGCAGGCUGGGAUUCAGCUCUUGCCGGACUUUCAAAUGAGGAAGAUUGUGAAGAGGAAGAAGAUAACUGCGGAACAUACGAGAUGGCAGUGUUCUACCUUGUCACUUAUCUUGUUAUCAGCUUUCUAGUUGUAGUGAACAUGUAUAUAGCCGUUAUUCUGGAGAACUUCAGCCAAGCCACAGAGGAUGUCCAACAAGGAUUGACUCCAGACGAUUUUGAUAUGUAUUACGAAAAGUGGGAAAAGUUCGAUCCGGAUGCAACACAAUUUAUAGCUUUAGAAAAGUUAUCAGAUUUUGUAGAUUAUCUAGAGGAACCUUUAAGACUUCCAAAACCAAAUCAUUUCCUCCUAGUGAAGCUAGACAUAGCCAUUUGUGAGGGCGACAUGUGUUUCUGUAGAGACAUCUUGGAUGCUCUGACAAAGAACUUCCUUGGGACGUCCGACACUGGGGAUAUUCCAACGGACGCGGGUGGUCCUAAAGAAAAUGUGGAGUACAAACCGAUAAGUUCAACUCUUAUGAGACAGAAAGAACAUUAUGCAGCACGGUUGAUUCAGAAAGCUUAUCGGGCAUAUAGACGAAGGCGAGGAGAGCUUGGUGCACCGCCUAUGUCAUAUGAUGAAGCCAUGGCCGACACAACACCUCAGGGAAAACCGGAAAUUGAAAAGGAGGGAGAUGAAAACGAUGACCAAAUUGAAAAAAAGGAAGGAACCGAAGCGAUUACUCCCUCUGAACAAAAAACGGUCGAACUAGGACCGGAUAGUGACGUGGUGGCGUGAUAUUUCCGGGUAUCACUUUCUGUAAUGAACAUAAGGAAUGACGUAGAUACGUGGCUUAUAAGCCUGUGAAGCAGGAACGCUGGCUUCGUACGUCAGCUUCAUAUGAUCCAUAUAGAAUGAAGCGUCUUCGUCUAGUUUUGAAAUGAAUUUGAUCUUAAAGUGAGAUACUCAAUAAUGGGUCAGUAUGUCUUUCCAUUUACAAGGUUUUAGGAUGCAAUCUCUUGUACGUACAUAUGACAUGUAUCGUUAUGUAUCAAUGUUUAUCUCCCCACUCAAUUUGUGAGAAAAUUUAAACGUGAAUUGAUUGUUGUUACAUACAUUUCUCCUCUGCUUGUGCCUACCUAAUCCUGAUGAACAUAUAUGUAAUGAAUUACAACUUUUACGAGUCAGUCUAAAACAUCAAAGUGUAAAGGUUUUUUUAAUAUGCAGAUCGUGCACAGAAAAACAGCAAAAUCGCUGUAAUUAUUCAAUAUUCAAUUAAAUAUAUAUCAGAUAAAAUAUUGACGACACUUCAGUAUGUUAAACUAAUAAAUCAUUGGUACUUUUUUUUCUUGAAAAAUCAAUAAUAUCCUAAACCUAGUGACAUUGAACCCUGGAAGAGUUGUCCGCCCUUUUUUUUUUUAAAAAAAAAAAAAAAAAACUUGCUACAUUAUUAAACUAUAUCAACAUCGAUAUGAAAAAAUAACGCCAACUAAGACAGCAGAAAUAUAAUAGGAUAACAUUCGUCCGCCUGCGAUCAACAAAGGAAAUAGUCGUUUCCUUUAAAAAUCGUUUCAGCAUAUUAAAAAUAAAUGUUGAAAUUUGCUUUCUAUUUCAAAAUCAUCAUCAUAGCUACUACAUAUACGGCGACAUUAAAAAGGCUUUACACCAUAAUCACAAGUGAAGGAAUUUUUUUAUCAAUGUCACGUGUUAUAGAAUAUAGGCCUCUUUUGCUUACGUAAUGAUUCGUGAUAGCUGUCGUAGCACGUGUAAAAAAUGUUUUUUUUUCUGGACGGGAGCAGCUAUAUAUCUAUUUGAAUAUGUUUUUCUUACGUCAGAGUUUCGUUAAGAAAUUGAUCUCAGAAGUAUAGAUAUAAACUUGUUGAUAUUGUAUUUACACAUUUAAAAAAGGUUUU